AAGUGCAAACUUAGCUAUGCAUUCCUUGUUUUGACUGCGAGCUCAUCACGAAGCUCGCUGCAGCUGCCCGCGUUUCGGACUGUUCGUUGACGGAAGAACCUAGUUCGCAAUCAAAAUGCGACCAAAACAACAAGCUCAGGUCACCGCCGCGGAGGACACCGCGUCGGAGCCGGAGCCGGAGCCCAAGCCCGUGGAUCGAAAGUCGAGGCUCAGGUCCUUCCGCGUACGCACCAUCUCCUCGGUCUUGCUCAUCGGCGGGUUCAUCGGCAUCAUUUGGGCGGGUCAUGUGCCGCUUAUGUUCUUCAUCCUGCUACUCCAGUUCCUGGUGGCCCGGGAGCUCUUCCGCAUCGCCUACAUAGCGGAGAAGUCCAAACGCAGCCUGCCGCUGCUGCGCACACAGCAGUGGUACUUCUUCUUCACGGCAGUGUUCUGGCUCUACCUCCGGUUCAUCAAGAACAACUUGCUAGUGGAAGUGACCAGCGACAUGACCCUGGCUCGCCUGUUUGUGUGGGCGGUGAAGCACCACAGCCUCAUCAGCUACUCGCUCUACAUGGCGGGCUUUGUGGGCUUUGUGCUGAGCCUGAAGAAAGGUCUGUACCUGCACCAGUUCGCGCACUACGCCUGGACGCACAUGAUCAUUCUCAUCACCACUGUGCCCACCUCCUUCUUCGUGUCCAACGUCUUCUCCGGCAUCCUGUGGUACGUGCUGCCCGCCUUCCUCAUCGUGGCCAAUGACAUCUGCGCCUACCUGGCUGGCUUCUUCUUCGGCCGCACGCCGCUGAUCAAGCUGUCCCCCAAGAAGACCUGGGAGGGCUUCGUCGGCGGCUUCCUGGGCACACUGGUCAUCGCCUUCUACCUGUCCGCCUACAUGUCCAAGUACAAGUGGAUGACCUGCCCGCGCAAGGACCUCACCGUGUUCAAGGGCCUGGACUGCACCCCCGACGACGUCUUCAUCCCCGCCACCUACACCCUGGCCGACGUGAACGACCUGCUGCCGCCCGCCGCCGCCGAGUACCUGCGCCUGGCCGCCGACCGCCUGCCGGUGCCGCCGGCGCUGAAGGCCGCCGCCGCCGACUUCACCUUCACGGUGGCGCCCAUCCAGCUGCACGCGCUGUCGCUGGCGGCGUUCGCGUCCAUCGCGGCGCCCUUUGGCGGCUUCUUUGCCAGCGGCUUCAAGCGCGCCUUCCACAUGAAGGACUUUGGCGACACGAUCCCCGGGCACGGCGGCGUCACCGACCGCUUUGACUGCCAGAUCGUGAUGGCCGUCUUCGCCUACACUUACUACUGGUCCUACAUCUCCAAGCCGGAGGUGACGCUGGGUGACGUGCUCAACUCCGCCACCAAGCUCAACGACCACGACCAGAUCCUGCUGGUGGGCAAGAUGGCCAACCUGCUGGCGGCGGAGGGGCUCAUACCGGGGAGCAUCGUGGAUGCUCUGCGGAAGCACCUGGGCAACCGCUUCACCUGGGAGGUGCCUGACAGCUGAGCGACAGUUGGACACGGACACCCGGCUAGCAGUAGCCGCAGCAGUAGCAGCAGCAAUGUAGGGUAGGCUGGAUGGCGGCUGCAGCUGGCGGUCGACGACUGGCUGGUAGCUGAGCCAGGUUUGGGCAUGGAAGUCCUACAAGGACUUGUUGCGUGUGGUGUUGCAAGAAGCAAGUCAGGUACUAUAGAUGGACGCAGUGCGUCUGUGGGGGAACGAACGGGCUUCUGGAAUGCUUCCGAACCGUGCUGGGCGCGGUGGCUAUGGUAGACAAUGCGCUUGCUUUGGGGACGGGUGGUCACGAGUUUUGGCUUGAUAGGCAUCAGGUAUGAUGGUAGGUCUUAAAUACGAGUCAACCGUUUGGGACAGGUUGGGACUUUGAUGCCGCACGGGUGUUUCCAGCGCCAGCUCUUGCCGUAUAUCGAGUUCUCUGGGCGUGCGCAAUGACCAGGUUGACGGUGUAGUGCUGUCAGCUGUGGUUCUAAAGGGUGCGAGAGUGGAAGCGUGCGAAGCGUACGACGAUACAAGGCAGGUCUGUGAUACCGAGCGGCACCUUCCCAACUUGUAACUCUACAUGGCC